AUGACCCAAAGUAGCGCAUCUAGCAACUAUAGACUCCAUGGCGGGGUUCGCACUAUUAGUGAAGAAAAGCUUAUGGUGGCAGUACGUGUGCGACCAUUAAGCGGGAAUGAGGGUCCACGCAUCGUGCACGUUGUCAGCGAUAAGAUGUUGGUGUUAGAGGAGGAAGCAGACAGUCGUCGUGACGUGCUCCGACAACGGCGAAUUAACGACAAGCAUUACAUAUACGAUCGAGUUUUCAGUGAGGACUGCACUCAGGAAGAAGUAUACGACGCGAUAUGUGCGCCACUGGUGGGUGACACUUUACGCGGGAUCGCUGGUGCGGUAUUUGCGUAUGGAGCAACUGGAGCCGGAAAAACUCACACGAUGACCGGGCUGAUGUCUCGUGCGUUAAGUCAUCUAUUCACAAGCAUUGCUGAAAGCAAGGAUCCUGAUGCAUACGAGGUAAAGCUGUCAUACAUCGAGAUCUACAACGAAAACAUUCGUGACCUGCUUAAUCCUAGCGCGGGCCCGCUAGAGUUACGCGACGAGGGUAGCCACGGCGCACCUGUAGUAGCUGGUCUUAGCGAAGUGCGUGCACUAGGCGCGGCACACGUGGCCGAGCUGUUAACGCGGGGCGAUCGCGCACGCACUGCGGAACCCACACACGCAAACCAUCACUCUUCGAGGGGGCACGCGCUGCUUAGCGUAACAGUGUGUGCUAAAGUGGACGAAGGCAUACAACGUGGACGCUUGUUUCUCAUAGACCUGGCUGGAUCUGAACGGGCCGGGCUACGUGCGAGAAGGCUAGAGGGGGCGCAUAUCAAUCGAUCUUUAUUAGCAUUGGGCAAUUGCAUCAUGGCCCUAUCCGGUGGAGCCAGGUACGUAAACUACCGCGACUCGAAGCUGACGCGGCUGCUGCGGGAGGUGUUGGGCGGGCGCUGCCGCACGGUGAUGGUGGCGCACGUGGCGCCCGGCGCCACGCAGCGAGACACGACGCGCUCCACGCUGCACUACGCGCAGCGAGCCGCCGCCAUCACUAACAGGGUCGAGCGCGAAGUGGUGGAGACUCCAAUGCAUCUAUCACAAUAUCGAACCGUUAUUAAUGAGUUGCGAGAAGAAAUAGCUCGUCUGAAGGUUAAAAUGAAAGACGAUCGUUCAAGAAGCAAGGAAGACUUAAGCAAAGAAGAAAUGAGUAGAGAAGAUGCAAUAGAGAAUACUGCCCACCUUAAGUCUCUACGUGAAGCCAUUGUAUCGACAUUCAAGCAGCAAAUGCGACUGCGACGAAGGCUGAUGGAGCUGGACAGCCACUUACUGGGCCUGGCGCUGGACGCCGAGCGCCAGCACGCCGCUAUCUCGCACUGGGAGGCGCGGUUCAACCGACUGUAUAAGCCUAUCAGUAUCGGCACGAGGCUCAGCACUCAACAAAGUUAUAGGGGCGGCACUGGCAGUACGGGUACGUCGUCCGGGUCGAGCGCGGCGGCGAGCGAACGCGCGGAGGCCGAGGUGGCGGUGGAGCAGGCGUGGGCCGAACUCGCCGCCGUCGAGCGCGAGCAGGAGGCCGCCAGGACAGAGCGUGCGCGCGUCGAGCGCCAGCUCGAGCAAGUGCGACUUCGCGGCGCUCAGCUCGAACAGGAGCUGCCCGCGCACAUCGGCAACGGGCCGGAGCGCGAGGUGCUGGCGCUGGUGUGCCGCGUGCACGAGCUGGAGGCGGACAAGCUGGCGCUGCAGGGCGAGCGGGCGGCGCGCGCGCACGACCUGCGCCGCCGCGACCUUGCGCUGCAGCGCCGCGACGCGCAGCGCCGCCUCUCCGACGAGAUCAUCACGCGCCAGCGCCGCGCGCUCGAAGAGUUGGGCGUAGGAAUAGAACCGGAAUUAGGGCAAUUGUACGAGUUGUACCAGCAAGAAAUCCAUGCUUCGACCUACACCGAAAGUAACGAUGUUUACACUCCGCCGUAUCUUUUGCCGCCUAUAUCUGCCAGCACUAUUUCAGAUGUGAGGUGGUCGGGAAGCUCGAGUGGGUCGGCUCGUGGCUCGAGCUCGGGCUCGGGCGGCACUCUGCCUUUCGACGCGCGCCUCCCGCGUCUGGCGCCCACACCGCGUCCGCGCACUAGGUACAGCAAAGCAAGCGCAUCAACUUUGAAACGAUAUGCGAGUGAUGACAGUUUAGUAAUGGCGGCACCUCGUCGGAGCGACGAGGCAUCUUGA